AUGGAAAAGAAAAAUGGGGUUAAAAUUGUAAUGGGGGAAGUUAAGAAAGAAGGGGAAAGUACGAUGUUAAAUGAAGUUAUCCCAAGAUAUUAUAAUUGUUGUAUGUGUUGUCAUUCACAAUUAGAUAAUCCCCGAAAUUAUUGUGUUUUUUGUUUAAGUCAAAGAGUUGCAGAAAGAGGACAAAAGAUAGAUAAACAAAAAGAAGAAAUAACAAAAAUCAGACAACAUAAUCAUGAAAUAGAAAAGGUGUUAAGUGAAAAACUUUGUUCAAUGAAUAAAGAAACAGAUAUUGUUGCUAAUACAAAUGUAUUAUUUAACCAAAUUCAACAAAAUGAAAUGGCAAUUUCAGUUAUUGAAGUGAAAGAGAAAGAUGGAAUUAGAAAAGCUAUUGAACAUAUGAAAAGAAUUAAUAAACGUCUUAUUGGGAUGAAAAAAGCUAUAGAAAGUACAAUUUCAUUAGAGAAGGAAUAUUAUGGAAUGGUACAAGAAACAAAUAGACUUAUUCAACUUCAAACAUUUCUAAAAGAACAAAUUGUUAUUAAAAAGAAACAACAAAUAAAACGAGUGAAUGAAAUAAUGAUGGUUGAAAUAAUAAAAGGAGAAAAAGGUAUAAAAAAAGAAGAAGAAAUAGAAAGACCAAUUGAAGGAGAAAAGAAAUUAUAUAAAAUAGUCAAUUUUAAUAUUCAAUCUAAUUCUAAAAUGUUUACAACAAUCAAAACAGGAAAUUUAUUUAUUAAUUAUUUAUAUUUAUUAUUAAAAGAAUAUACAUAUAUAAUAGAAAUACCAUGUACACUUAUAGUAAUUAGUAAAGGAAAUGAAAUACCAAAUAGUAUUAUUAGAAAAUCUAAUUUAAAUAAAAGUGGAGGAAAUGAUAAAAUAACUAUACCAACAGUAAACUUAACAUUUUCACAUCAAAUAUUUAAAAUAUUUUAUGAUGAAUUUCAACAACUUUAUUGUAUUCAAUAUAAAACACCAAUUGAAGUAGAAGGAGAAAAUUAUGUUGAAAAGAUUAUUAAACUAUUACAAUACUUUAAGUCAUUUUAA